AUGUUGCAGGAUCUCGUGCAACACUCGCGCGCUACACGGCCGACCUCGGAGCCCGAGCACGCCAUUCCCCCGCCAUUGGACCCUCUCUUUUCUGUCCUCGCUACAUCUGCGAUUCCUCAUCUCCGAACUAUGCCAGCACCCACUCCCUCGACUUUACCCCGUAUUUCUGGCGCAAGAGCAAUGUCGGCCACAGCGGCGCGGACCGACCCUUUUCGGCCGGCUCGGAGAGUCGCCGGUCAGCGACAGGAUGUCUGGUCCAUCGUCAAUGAAGCGGCGGCAGCUUCGCCGGUCCAACCGAUCGUGAACAUGGGCCAAGGGUUCUUUGGCUACAACCCUCCCAAGUUCGCCAUCGAAGCUGCGAAGGAUGCAUUGGACCGAGUAGAAUGCAACCAAUACUCGCCGACCAAGGGCCGUCCUCGUCUUAAGAAAGCCCUUGCGGAUGCAUACUCGCCGUUCUUUGGCAAAACCUUGAACCCCGACACCGAAGUCUCGAUUACAACUGGCGCCAAUGAGGGUAUGCUCAGUGCUUUUAUGGGUUUCAUUGAGCCCGGUGACGAAGUAAUCAUCUUUGAGCCGUUCUUUGACCAGUAUAUCAGCAACAUUGAGAUGCCGGGUGGCACCAUCCGAUAUGUGCCCCUUCACCCUCCCAAGGAUGGCGCCACCAGGACGUCCCCUGCUUCGGAGUGGACGAUAGAUUUCGAAGAACUGGAGAACACCAUCAACUCCAAGACUAAGAUGAUUGUGUUGAACUCCCCACACAACCCCGUGGGCAAGGUUUUCUCGCGGGAGGAACUCCAGCGCAUCGGAGAUCUGUGCGUGAAGCACAACCUUAUUAUUCUGUCCGACGAGGUCUAUGACCGUCUGUUCUAUGUCCCGUUCACGAGAAUCGGGACACUGUCUCCUGAAUUGUACGAGCGUACCCUGACCGUGGGCUCGGCCGGCAAAGCCUUCUACGCCACCGGUUGGCGUGUUGGCUACCUGAUUGGACCCGAACACCUGAUCAAGUACGUAGCCGGUGCACACACCCGCAUCUGCUACAGCAGCGUGUCGCCACUGCAGGAAGCAGCUGCUGUCGCCUUUGAGCAGGCCGAAAAGGCAGGCUUCUGGGACGAGAGCCGAAUGGAGAUGAAGGGAAAGGUCGAGCGGUUCUGUCAAGUUUUUGAUGAGCUCGGUAUCCCGUACUCUGAUCCGGAGGGCGGGUACUUUGUGCUCGCCAACAUGGCUUCUGUCAAACUUCCGGCGGAAUACCCGUUCCCGCCGCAUGUCGCCAACCGCCCUCGUGAUUUCAAGCUCUGCUGGUUCCUCAUCCACGAGGUGGGCGUCGCUGCCAUCCCGCCGACGGAGUUCUAUACCGAUGCCAAUGCCCACAUUGCAGAGAACUAUCUCCGCUUCGCGGUUUGCAAGAACGAUGAUGUGUUGGAGACUGCGAAGGAGAGACUGAGGGGCCUGAAGAAGUACAUCACCCAGUAA